CUGAUGAGCACUGCGCUGCGGGACUACACACUGAACGUCAAAUUACUUUUUUUUAUCGAAGUGAAAGAAUAUUGCUUGGGAAUUAUGCUAGUAUUUGAGCCAGUGUGAUGUGAAGUAAUGCUGGAGGGCCUUUGGAACAAAACGAGUGUCGCUGGAGGUGUUGGGAGCUGCUCUGGCUGACUGCACUGGCUUAGCUGCCAUCUUUUUUGGGUACUGUAUGUAUCUUGAAGUUCAUCUCAACAGCCUGGAUCUUCAGUGAACAAAGAUGAAGAAACGUUUGCAGGUGCACUGGAUGGACAUAGCUGAUUACAUGCAUCCUGUUUGCCUUUUGGAAUGUAGGUUUCUGCUAUCCUAAGUAACUAACAGUGUUGGGAAAUUCUGGAUUUUGCCACUGAAGAUUUAGCUUUCCCUGGAGGGAGCCUGUUCUCCGCUGUCGUGUGGUGCACUGCAGAGGAGACAUGGCCCGAAACUCUUUCCGUGGGUCCAAAUACAAGGCAGAUGCCAACCAUGAUGCCGAGUUUGGCUGCACGCUCAAGGAGCUGCGCUCGCUCAUGGAACUCAGGGGGCCAGAAGGAUUACAGAGAAUCCAGGAGUGUUAUGGAGAUGUUCAGGGACUUUGCUCCAGGUUAAAAUCUUCUUGCACAGAAGGGUUAAGCGGUCAUUCUGAUGAUAUUGCAAACAGAAAGGAUGUAUAUGGGAAGAAUUUCAUACCUCCUAAAAAGCCAAAAACAUUCCUGCAGUUAGUUUGGGAAGCACUGCAAGAUGUGACUCUAAUCAUAUUGGAAGUUGCAGCCAUAAUAUCUUUAGGCCUUUCCUUCUACAGACCUCCUGAUGCAGAAAGAGAAAACUGUGGUAAAGCUGCUGGAGGAGUGGAAGAUGAGGGUGAAGCAGAGGCUGGAUGGAUUGAAGGUGCAGCCAUCCUCUUAUCUGUCGUAUGUGUGGUGCUUGUCACUGCCUUUAAUGACUGGAGCAAAGAAAAGCAGUUUCGCGGCUUGCAGAGUCGCAUCGAGCAGGAGCAGAAGUUCACAGUGGUUCGAGGAGGCCAGAUCAUUCAGAUUCCUGUAGCAGAGCUGGUGGUUGGAGAUAUCGCUCAAGUAAAAUAUGGUGACCUCCUUCCUGCUGACGGGGUGCUAAUCCAAGGCAACGAUCUGAAAAUUGACGAGAGCUCUCUCACAGGAGAGUCAGACCAUGUCAAAAAAACAAUGGACAAAGAUCCCAUGCUGCUUUCAGGUACCCAUGUUAUGGAGGGUUCAGGCAAAAUGCUGGUCACUGCCGUGGGUGUCAACUCUCAGACUGGAAUUAUCUUCACCCUCCUCGGGGCUGGAGAUGAGGAUGGGGACAAUGAGGAUGAGAAGGAAGAAAAAGAUAGGAAGAAAAGGGAGAAGGAGGAGAAGAAGAAGGAGAAAGAAAGGAAAAAGAAGGAGAAGAAGGGCAAGAAAAGCAAAAAGCAGGAUGGAUCUGACAAAAACAAGAGUAAAGAUGGAGGUGGUGUGGACACUGAGCCUCUCAGCAGUGAGGAUGGCAUUGAUGGUGAUGUGAAAAAGAAAACCAAUCUACCAAAGAAAGAAAAAUCUGUACUUCAAGGAAAGCUCACCAAACUUGCCGUACAGAUUGGAAAAGCAGGCCUUUUUAUGUCAGCCAUCACAGUCAUUAUACUGGUGGUGCUCUUUUUGGUGGACACCUUCUGGGUCCAGGGGCUUCCGUGGAUCAAAGACUGCACUCCUGUCUACAUCCAGUUCUUUGUCAAGUUCUUCAUCAUAGGGGUCACUGUGCUGGUUGUUGCUGUGCCUGAGGGAUUGCCCCUCGCUGUCACCAUCUCACUAGCCUACUCUGUCAAAAAAAUGAUGAAAGACAACAACCUAGUCAGACACCUGGAUGCAUGCGAGACAAUGGGCAAUGCCACUGCCAUCUGCUCAGACAAGACUGGCACUUUAACCAUGAACAGGAUGACAGUGGUACAGGUGUAUGUGGGAGACAGACACUACCGAAAGGUUCCUGAACCUGAUCUGAUUCCAGGCAAGAUCAUGGACCUGCUGGUCACAGGCAUCAGUGUUAACUGUGCAUACACCACCAAGAUCAUGCCUCCUGAGAGGGAAGGUGGUCUGCCCCGUCAGGUGGGGAACAAAACUGAAUGUGCCUUGCUGGGGUUUUCCCUUGACUUACGCAAAGACUACCAAAUCAUCCGCAACGAAUACCCUGAAGAGAAGUUCUUCAAAGUAUACACUUUUAAUUCUGUGAGGAAAUCCAUGAGCACAGUGCUGAGAAACUACGAUGGAAGCUACCGGAUGUUCAGCAAAGGAGCCUCUGAAAUUCUCUUGAAGAAGUGCUGUAAAAUAUUGACUGCAAACGGAGAACCCAUAUACUUUAAACCCAGAGAUCGAGAUGACUUGAUGAAGAUGGUAAUUGAGCCCAUGGCUUCAGAGGGCCUGAGGACCAUCUGCCUGGCUUACAGGGACUUCCCCGUAUCGGAGGGUGAACCAGACUGGGACAACGAAACAGACAUCCUUACAGGUCUUACCUGCAUUUGUGUGGUGGGCAUCGAAGACCCUGUACGGCCAGAGGUUCCUGAUGCUAUUAGGAAGUGUCAGAGAGCAGGCAUCACUGUCCGCAUGGUCACUGGGGACAACAUUAACACGGCUCGCGCUAUUGCCACCAAGUGCGGCAUCCUCCAUCCUGGAGAUGAUUUCCUGUGCCUUGAAGGCAAAGAGUUUAAUAGGCGGAUACGCAACGAAUUGGGAGAGAUUGAACAAGAGCGCAUUGACCGAAUUUGGCCUAAACUCCGUGUCCUGGCAAGAUCUUCUCCAACUGACAAGCACACUUUAGUAAAAGGUAUAAUCGACAGCACUGUUGUAGAACAAAGACAAGUAGUUGCUGUAACAGGAGAUGGAACAAAUGACGGUCCUGCCCUGAAGAAAGCUGAUGUUGGCUUUGCAAUGGGUAUUGCUGGAACCGAUGUGGCCAAAGAGGCCUCAGAUAUCAUCCUGACCGAUGACAACUUCUCCAGCAUUGUGAAAGCUGUGAUGUGGGGGCGUAACGUGUAUGACAGCAUCUCCAAGUUCCUGCAGUUUCAGCUGACAGUCAACGUGGUGGCAGUGAUUGUGGCAUUCACGGGAGCUUGCAUCACGCAGGACUCUCCACUGAAAGCAGUUCAGAUGCUGUGGGUGAAUCUGAUUAUGGACACGUUUGCCUCGUUGGCUCUGGCCACUGAGCCCCCAACCGAAUCCCUACUGCUGAGAAAACCGUACGGCCGCAACAAACCUCUCAUCUCCAGAACCAUGAUGAAGAACAUUCUGGGUCAUGCCAUCUACCAGCUCACCAUCAUCUUUACUCUGCUGUUUGCUGGUGAGCAAAUCUUUGAUAUUGACAGUGGCAGGAAUGCUCCUUUACAUGCGCCUCCUUCAGAACACUACACCAUCGUUUUCAACACCUUCGUCAUGAUGCAGCUCUUCAAUGAAAUCAAUGCUCGCAAAAUUCAUGGCGAGAGAAAUGUCUUUGAUGGCAUCUUUAACAACCUCAUCUUCUGUUCCAUUGUGUUUGGCACAUUUCUUAUUCAGAUUGUGAUUGUGCAGUUUGGAGGGAAGCCCUUUAGCUGUGUAGGCCUCAGUAUUGAACAGUGGCUCUGGUGUGUCUUCCUUGGCUUUGGAUGUCUGCUCUGGGGUCAGUUGAUCACCACCAUUCCCACAAGUCGGCUAAAGUUCUUGAUGACUGCUGGGCAUGGCACCCAGAAAGAGGAGAUCCCAGAGGACGAACUGGAAGAGAUGGACAUGGAUGAAAUUGACCAUGCUGAGAUGGAACUGAGAAGAGGGCAGGUCCUGUGGUGCAGAGGACUCCAAAGAAUCCAGACACAGAUCCGUGUGGUAAAUGCUUUUCGGGAAGCCAUGUCUCCAUAUGAAGGCCUGGAGACCCCAGAGUCACGCAGCUCUAUUCACAACUUCAUGAGUCACCCAGAGUUCCGCAUCGAAGACUCUGAGCCAGCCAUCCCUCUGAUUGAUGAGACUGACCCAGAAGAGGAAGCGCCUACAAAACGUAAUUCUGCACCGCCCCCGCCCCUUUCUCCGAUCGUAUCUUCUCCUAACCAGAACAACAAUGCUACAGACAGCAGAAGCUUUCACCGCCAUAAGGACAUAAUCAAGACUGCCAUUCCUCAGCCCCCUGGUAGCCCCCUGCACAGCCUGGAGACAUCUCUCUGAUUCCAUCCAAGCUAAAACCUUGCUAAGACCAUGUCUGUACUACCCAUGCCAAGAGCACAUCACAACCCUUGCAAAGAGCAUGCUUAGGAGGUCAUUAAAUGUUCUGGUAAUGAAAUGGACAGUUUUCCAUCAGUCCAGGUGUAGCUGGAUGGACAAGUUAGCUAACCUACAGAGAAAUGUUGGUAUAGAUUGAGGAUUUAUUUGAGGAUUUCUUCCCAGGCGAUCUACAGUAGUCUGAGAGGAAGCUAGAAAGAAAAUGUAUAUUUUAAUACAUUUACAAAUUGUCCUUAAAAGAAAAAAGAUAGGAAUGGAAAUUUUUUCUCAAUUUUCAAUUUGAACGAAACCUUACCCACGUGCUUUCAAGUGAAACACUGAUGUGUGUUGUUUUGGCUGAUUAUAUUGUAAUAAAAAUUGUUUGUUUACAUGCUUUUCAAAAAUAUACCACCUUUGGGGGAGGGGGAGUGUGGGGGGCAAAGUGCAAAUAAUGAACAAGACAUAUGCAUAGUUGCUGCUGUAUCUUUAUGUGAGGUUUAUGUUUAGGACUUAGACAGAUGAUGUUAAGGCAUUGUGGUCUGGUUUAGUGGUAUGCAGAAUAAAUGGGGAAAAGAAUAUAUCAAAAUAUGUUUACCAUUUCAGUUUUGUUUAAAUAUGUGGGUUAUUGAAGAUUUCAGGUUGGAUUCAACUGAUUCUAAGCAUCUUGGCAUCUUACAUAAGUCCAUUGUGAAGGGGCUGCAGAAUGUGUGUGGUAUUAACAAUUUAACACCUGACUUUUCCCAACCAAUUGCAUCACUCAUUGCUUCAGAGUUAUCUCCAUUUAUUUCAUUUUUUUAAAUUAUUGAAGACAUCAGAUAAACUCAUCAACAAAAGCAUGCAUGCUCCUCAAGUUGUCCUUAAUAGCUUUGCAAGCAAGGCUGCAUAAAAUAUAGCUUUAUUUUGUUUUACAAGCAUGCUGCUGGGUUUGCCCCUGAAAGCCAGGGCACUGUAAACAAAUUCUACUAUCUAAUCCCACAAUCCCUUGGGGAAUAACACAGAACAUGUGGAGGUGAGGCAGUGAAAUGACCUCCAUAAAAAUGAGAAGCACAAAAACUGUAAUUGUUGAUCUUAGGAUCUAAAGAUGUGGAUUUCUGUGGAGGAUUUAACCAUGAAGAUAGGUCAUAGGUUAUGUUGGGUUGUGCUACACAUUAACAUUUAAAUUAUUAGAGAUGGCAAAUAGGAAAGAAAUGCUCUUUGGUUCUUUCUUUUUGUUUCACUGUAGCUUCAUUCCUAUUUUGGGGAUGAAUGUUUAUCCAUCUGUUUAUGGAUUUAUUAUUUUUUCUAUAUUUGGUAAUUACUUAAUGUCUGUAAAUCAUAAGCAGUAUAAACAGUGAUUGUGGUUCAAUUUCCAUUUGAAAGUGUGAGUAAUGUGUAUGGUUUUUUGACAAUAAAAGAUGAAUAGUUAAAAUGA